AUGACCGCCGAAAGCCGGCUGCCGCCGGGACCCCCGCCGCCGCCCCCGCCGCUGAAGGCGGACGCGGCGCCGCCGGGGGAGGAGGCGGCGGUGGCGGCGGCGGCGGGGGCUCGGGGCGGGCGGCGGCGGCGCAAGCGUCCGGCGGAGCGGGGCAAGCCGCCUUACAGCUACAUCGCCCUCAUCGCCAUGGCCAUCGGGCAGGCGCCCGAGCGGCGGCUGACGCUGGGCGGCAUCUACCGCUUCAUCACCGAGCGCUUCCCCUUCUACCGCGACAGCCCCCGCAAGUGGCAGAACAGCAUCCGCCACAACCUCACCCUCAACGACUGCUUCGUCAAGGUGCCGCGGGAGCCCGGCCGCCCCGGCAAGGGCAAUUACUGGACGCUGGACCCCCACGCCCGCGACAUGUUCGAGAGCGGCUCCUUUCUCCGCCGCAGGAAGCGCUUCAAGCGAAGCGACCUCUCCACCUACCCGGCUUUCCUCGCCGAGCGCCCCGCCGCGCCCUGCCGCCUCUUCCCGCUGCCCGCCCCGCCGCCGGCCGCCGACCUGUCCCCGGCCCCCGCCGCCGCCUCCUGCGCCUUCGCCGCCGCCGCCGCUUACCCCGGGCAGGGCUGUCCCGCCGCCGCCCUGCCCCACGCCUACCCUCCGCUGCCCACCGCCCCCGGCCCCUACCCGCCGGCCGGCCCCGGGCAGCUGUACGCGCCGUCGGGGCGCAUCGUACUGCCCGCCUCGCCGCCCGCCCCCGCCGGGCUCUACGGCCGCCGCUCCCCCGCGCCUUACCCGCCGCUGCCCCACGCCUACGGCGGCGGAGGGCAGCUGGGGCCGGGCGAGCCCGGUCCGCGGCACGGCGCUUACCCCGGCGUCCACGACAGGUUCGUCCCGGCGCUCUGACCCAGCCCGACAGCGCGGACCGGAGCCCGGGAGAGGGGCGGGCUGCGGGGCUUCCCCGGCGCCGCUGGACACGGGGCCGCUCAGGAAGAAGCUGCAGGACCUUGGGCUGCGCCUCCGCGUCCCGCCGCCUGCCCGGGUCUUCCGGCGAGGACCAACACCGCCAGCCGGGGGGACCCUGCUGAGCCCCGUCCGCUCUCGCCAGAGAAGCCCUAGGGGCUCCCAAGUGCCUGGAUGGGGCAAAAAGCCCUUUCCUCUUCCACUUCCUUUCCUGGGACAGGUGCUCAAAGCUUCCUGACAGGCUCCCCUCAUUCCAGCGAACCCAACUGGGCCCCCCGGUCUGUCCGGGAAGAUCUCAAUUUUAAAAAUCUCUCCGCUGUCGAUGAUUUUAUUUACAGAACAAAACGUCUGCUAGGGCGAGGGAGGAGGGAGACAGGAGGAAGCAUUCCCCAGCUUCAUGCAGCCAAAGCCGUAAAAGUGGGAUGCGUGGCACUAAAGUGGUGGCGUGUGCCUGAUGUUGCGCAGGGCUAUCGUGUUAGUGCCAGGCUCUGCACCAAAAACAUGGUCAGGGACAGGGAAGGUCUGGAUACUGGGGUUGCAGCCAGCCAUGGCAAGUCAGAUCCCUUUCAGGGGUUGUGCUGUGUGCUGCGGGGGUGGGAGAAUGGUGGGAUUUGAAGUAUAAAAUUUUUAUCAUGAGCAUGCUCAGCCCCUGGCAGAGGGACCCAGCGACACUGUGGUAUCUCUGCCCUUGAAGAUCUUCCCGUCUUGAUUGAACAGAACCUGAGUGACCUGAUAUGGCUUUGGCAUUGGAUCCAACACUGAAUUUUGACCUGCUUUGAAUGGAGACCCGGUCCAGAAGUCUAUGGAGGUCCUUACAUCCUAAAUUACUUUGAUCCUAAGGUCAGCCCAGCUCUGUCUGUAGCCUAGAGAAAUUGGUAUCUAUGGGGAAAAGCUUUCCUUCCUCAAACAGUUGAGAGUGGCAGGACAUGGUGCCUUUUCAUCUUCAAUUGCUCUGCUUUCAAGCUUUUCUAGGAUGGAAAAAUGGCUAGAGGAAAACACAGAGAGGGCUGUGAGAGGCAAAGGCUUGAAAAUGGAUCCAUGGGGAAACUCAAGCAAAUCCCUCCCACCAGAUCCCACCACCCCUGAAAGGGGCCUGGAGAGGUGGUGGAUGCCCAGGGCUCUGCCUGCAGCUGUGAGCAGAGAGGAAGCAGAUGUAGCCCUGCCAGAUCUCCUUAUUCACCUCUGUUUUCCUGGGAGCUUGUGUGACCAGGGCCAGGAGGAGGUUGGUGAGGGGUAGUGCAGCGUGGUGGGGCCUUGACUGGGGAGAGGAAGGUGGAAGGUGCAGCCAGCGCCUCAGCAGAAGCUUUGAAAGAGUAGAGAGGGUGCACAUACAGCAGGGCCUCUCACCACAAAAAGGGUAUACAGAUCAUGGUAUAACUCGUGUUGGAAGAGACCUUGGGAAGUUUCACUUACGACCUUGUGCUCAAAGCGGGGUCAGCUAUGAGUCAGUCCAGGUUGCUCAGGGCUAUCUAGUUGAGUCUUGACGCUCUCCAAGGAUGGAGAUGGCACAGUCACUUUGGGCAACUUGACUGUCAUAAUGGGGGAGAAGUUUCUCCUUGUAUACAUUCAGCACCUCUCUAGUCUCAUUUCAUGUCUACUGUCCCUUGCCCUGCUGCUGUGCACUGCUGCAAAGAGCUCUGAUCCCAUGAAGACACCUGUACUUUCUGCUCCAUGGAGGAUUUUUCAGAUGAGGUCCUCAGCAGGAUGAAAUUUGUAUAGGGGCAGGUUCCUUGCCUCCUCUGGGUGCUAAGGUCCAGGUAUCCAAGUGGGACGUUAGAGGGAGAAAAUGGAGUAGAGCAGGAAGGUGGUUAGGUGUCCCCACGGCACAGUUUGUGGUGGAGGAGGCUCAAGCUCUCUGCAAUAGGUUGAUAGGAGAAGUUGUAUAUGUGCCUACCGUGGGGCUCUGAGGUGGGAGAUGAGUGUUGGUUUCAAGGCACCCAUCCCUCUCUCAGAGCGGUCAGGCUGGGGCUGGCCUGGUACUGCUGUGUCUAUCUGGACCUUUUUGUGGUACUUCAGGAAACUGCUACCUGUACGCAUAGCUGGGGAGGUUGCGUUGCCAUCAGUGGGGAGCACAGGCGGCAAGAGUAGACCUUAUUCAAAUCUUUAGGGUGAUGAGGUGAGUCAGAUUUUUCCCUUCCUUACUUUGCCUUAUGAAGAGCUGCAUUGUCUCUUUCAAUGUCCUCCCUGGUCCUGGCAUGUCCAGAAGCUGCUUCCGUCCUGGAGAGAGCAGAGUCCUGCCUCUGCAACUUGGCUGCCUCAGCCCCGGGCAGGUCUCCUUGGCAGCUGUACUAGCUCCUCUCCCAACUUCACCCUUCACCAGCUGGAAGAGAAGCCAGCAGACUGGGCUGUGCCAGCUCAGUUUUUUGAGAGGUGCCUGCUGGCUCUCUGCUUUGCGCUUGCAAAGGACCAGACUGUGUCCUGUUGUCCCUUUGCUAGCAAGUCGAGCUGACCUCUUUCUGGUUUGUGGAUACCCUGGGGAGUAAUUGUCCUCUUAAUGCCUACUUCUUCCUUCCUUCCUUCCUUCC